CACGCGCACACCCUCGCCACGUGCUGGUCGCAACGCAAGCCGAGCUGCUGCGUGUCCAGAGAAGCGGAGCGGACGAAGGCCCGAGCUGGGGCGCCCGCCGGAUGCUGCGGACCGCGUCACUCACCCCUCGCGCGAGACGCGGCUGAUCGGCGAGCUUCAGAGCGGCCUGCCAGCGCUGUUGCCGCUGGCGUCGCUGCCUUUCACUUGUCGACUCUUCGUGUUUACCCGCUCUGUGGGAGGAGAGCCCGGCUGUGAUGACGAGACGCGCGGACGGUCUCACGAUGACGGCGACUCGCCGACAACGACCGGUGGUCUCCUCUGAGGAUUGACGCUCGUCUGCCCCCUUCGGCGGAGGAAGAAGAAGGGUGCUCUGUGCGUAACGGAGGCACCUCGCGAAGACCAGCGGCAGCAGCGCCGGGAGGAGGGUCUGGGCGGCGGGAGGCCCCCGUAGCGCGCGGGCGCCAUGCUUCGGAGCGGGGCCCCGGCGGACGACGGGUCCGCUGAGCCCCUGCAGCCGCCGGCGCGCAACGGGGACCUGCUCAGGGCGUACCAGGAGGACGCGGACGCGGCGGCGGCAUUCGAGAUGCCCUCGGCGCCGCUGCCCCCGCCACCGCCGCUGCCGCUGCCGCCUCCGAUGCACGAGGCCACCGAGCCGGACUCGAGCCUGCUGCAGGAGCACGGCAACGGCAGCCUGCCCGAGCUGCGCGCGCCCUUCGCCGUCCCCGACGACGACUCGCUCGACCAGCCCCGCAAGGGCUCGGCCGACUCCUCGCAGAGCUCCACCAAGUGCAGGAGGCGCACAAAAUCUAUGACGUGCAACAUGGUGAGCGCACUGUAUGGCAAAAUAGCUGUGGUUAUCACGACCGUCCUGGUGUUGACGGAAGUUAUGGACAACUCCGUGCCUCUUCUACGCUUUCACGGCUACCUGUACGCGUACCUGCUGGGCGGGUCGGUGGUCUGCCUCCUGGGCGUCUACGUGAGCACCAUGGUGGACCGGUGUCCAGCGCUGACCGGCCAGCCGUCACGUCAUGGGGCCGACCCUGAAGCAGCGCUGCGUCGCGGUCGUGUCAUGACGGCCUGCUCAGACGUCAGCAUUUACCUCCGAAUAGGAGUCAUCGUGUUCGGCCUGGGGACUCUGCUGUCGUGCGGCCUCGAGAUCGCCACCAUAUUCACGCUGACCAAGCCGUGCACCGACCCUGUGAACUUGGCCAUGCCUGUGCUCCACGCGCUGUUCACCUUCCUGCAGAUGCACUUCGUCUUCAUGAAUGCACAGACCGUGGCCCGAUCACUGGGCUGCUUGCGCCACCUGGUGCUGGUCCACCUCGUGGUCACCAAUAUCGCCGUCUGGCUCAAGUUGCUGCUCUGGGAGACGGCCAGCGAGUGGCUCCGGCAGGGCCACGUUGUCCAGGAUGGGCAGAUCAUCGGGCCGCCCAAGGGAUUCAACUUCACCACGCACGUCAUAGACGACCAAGGCGGCCACAAAGUGUUCUUCACGUCGGACUGCCUGUGGCGGUCCAUGGACAACCUGCCCAUGGAACGUAUGCUUACGCUGCAACGCUGCCUGCACAACACGACGGUGGGCGCCAUCUGGCAGAAAGCAUCGCCCUUCUUGACGCCCUUCAUCGUCCAGUACAGCGUCGUGGCUGCCGUGGUCGUCUACAACAUCUGGGACAACUAUUCCUACUGCACCAGGGGCAAGAACUACUAUGGCCGCCGGUACUCACCCACUACCGACCGCAUUGAAGCUGCCGUCACCUCCUCUACCGACCGUGUCGUGGACUGCCAGGGUUCCAGCAAGGGCCUCUUCCUGGGCCUGCUUGUUCUUGUGGCCGGCGUCAUUGUUCUCAUCCUUUUUUUCGUGCUCAGCAACGAGAACAUGGAAAUCGAGACGCUUUCCGCAGUCACCACUCUCCACUGCGCCGUCCAGGGUCUUUCGGCUAUGGCAACGGCCAUCGGACUCUGCACUGUCGGCGGCGCUUACCACAAGCGCGGCAGGACGACGCAGCUCAACUCAAUCCUGCAGGGCAUCGGCCUCCUUGCCCUUUACACGUACGGCGUUUUCGGUGUCGUCGCCGGUGCCUCGAGAAUCUUCGAAGGGUCCGAGCACGUGCUCCUCCUCGUGGACGGAGCCUUCAUGGUGCUGUUUGCGAGCCUACAGUCGCUGUUCGUCCAGCGACUCGCCAUGCGUUGCCUGCCUAAGAAGAACAACAAGUCCGGCUUGCAAGUCGUCACGUUUCUCAUGUUCAGCAACCUGGUGCUCUGGCUCUUGGAGACGUUCACGAACCAGAACCACAUAUCCAGUCAGCAGCAGCUGGCCAUGUACGGGGCCGUGUCGUGGGGCAUCAUUUCUAGGGUGGCCCUGCCGCUGGUCAUCUUUUAUAGGUUCCACUCAUGUGUCUUUCUUCUGGAGGCGUGGCAGCUGCCCAUCACAUUGAGCAGAGAGUGACUUGCUUUGGUCGCGGCGAUACUGACGGACAGUAAUUGCUGCUCUCCUUUCACCGUGCACCCGCAGAACUGGCUCGACAAGCCCUGAGUGACAUUAUGCGGUUUUCAAAAGAACAGUGUUUUGAGUGAGGCAGUGAUGACUGCCGCUGUUCAAAGCAACCUGUAUCUGUUACUGCCACAACGGAAGCUCUACUGUCAUCACCGACUUCCAUUCACGUGUUACGUGCAAACGCUGAAAAAACUUGCGAAACUAGGGAAUUUCAGCCCAUCCGGUAUUCCGGCAAGCGCCGCCGAUUUGCCAGAUGAGCGGGGCGUAAACGUGAGCGGCCAGAUAGGUGGCGCCAGCUGGUGGUGCAAAGCUGAACCACCUAAAGACAGAGCCAAUUACUAUAUUCUUCUUAGCUGGGGUGUAAACUCCCGACAGCGGCGUUAUUGCGAACACCAUUACGCCGCUGCCGAAAAUUUGCACUAGCGGCGAAGCAGAAUAAAGUAGGUUACUGCAAUUCUAGCUCUGUGUUUGUCUGGUUGACCUCUACAACACCAGGCGGCUGCAUCGCUCCGGCCGCUCACGUUUACGCCCCCGCACAUCCGGCAAUCCGCCCAAACCACUCCCGUUUGUCGGACUAGCGGACACGCUGAAUGUCCCUACUGUGUGCACCUCUCUAAGUGUGAGAGAAAAAAAAAAUGUGGCGGCUUAAAUCUUCGAUGUCCACAUAAUCAACAUGCAAAAAUAGGCUCUUUGGCCGCUUAUAUGCCCCACAUCAGCUUUAAGAAUGGCUGUGAAAUGUGAAGGCUAUCGUUGAUUGUUAAGUCUACAUGAUGGUCAGUUUCUGUGAUGAAACUUUCGCAAAGCGUGAUUAUAAGCCUUAAGGAAUCUUGUAUGGUGCUAGCUCCACCAUACGUGCUUUCAUCCAAACCCAGGGCGUUAAAGAAUUGCAGUUUUGGUCCCAGUAGUAAGAAUGUUAGUACGAGUAAAAAUGAGCGCCUAAGUUCAGUUGCGCAUGCCUAAACGACACAAAGCUGCCACUUCACGUGGUGCCUUUUGAUCAGUAUAAAGCACAGAGUGCCCCAUCAUCACAAGAUUUCGCAUCGUGCUUUAUGAGCUUUACCAUUUGUGCCUUGUCAUCAGAAUGAACAUUAUUUUUUGGCGUCACCGACAAUGUUGUGAAGCUGUUAAGUUUUGCUUUUAUGCACUGCCACACAAUCAUUACACGUAGAGCUUAGCCUUGCUGUGAGCGUAUGCGCUGCCCACAGUACACUACGUCAUGUCUAUAGUACACCUAACGUCACGUGUCCUCGAUCGUACUGCUUCAGUGUUGAAAUGUGCACAGUAGUACAACUUUCCAUGCAUGAAAAAAGUAAUAUGAAAUCCUGAGAGUACCACUUUCAUUUCAUACUAAUAGCAUAGAAUUGACCACAGUUAUAAAAAUUAAAGCAGUGCUGCCUCAUUCCGUGACCUCACAGACAGCAGACUUAUGGAAGACUAAUAAAUACUAGAACAUUCUUAUCAGCGCACUUUUACAAACAGCAUAAAUGCCACUUUGCAUUUUCUGUCAUUGCAUGUACCGACACAUUCAGAACUAAAAACUUAUGAGGACUUCAA